GAGACAGUGACGCCGACGCUCGCCAUCCACGCGCCCACGACACGCCACAGCCCACCAUGGCCGGCAUCAAGACCAUCAUCGGCCUGUCCUUUAUCCUCGCGAUAGGCUUCCUCCUGGUCAUCCUGUCCGCCGCCCUCUUCAAGAACUACCUCACGCUACUCGUCGUUGCGACCUACGUAGUCGCACCACUGCCGAACUGGCUCUGCGGGCGCGCAGCGAACCAGGAUGAUUUCAUGGAGACGGCAGGCAGCGGCAUCGUAGACUUUGGGAGGUUCCUCACGGGCUUCUUCGUUGUCAUGGGAAUUGCCCUGCCCACCCUCCUCUGGCACUCUGCGCAGAUUGCCGGCGGCGCAGCAGCCAUGUCCAUCAUGGGCGGUCUUCUGAUAUACGCCACCAUCAUCAGCUUCACCCUGUUCUUCCAGGAAGACCAAGAAUUCUGACAAUCCGGCCGGAACCAAGAGUAAAGAUGGCCAAAAAUCCUCUACAACGAAUACCCAAGUAAGCCGGUCUGGACAGACUCGGCGUUGAGUCCAAAGUCUGGGCAAAGGGGCUCCAUGUUCGCAUCUCGUUUUGUUCUGCAGUCUUUUGAAGCCUUGCUGCUCUUGUAUGACUAUUCCGGAUGUUUGGUCUUUGUAGGAUUAUACUGGACGUGCGGUCUCUGCAUGUUUUGUCCUCGUAUGGUAAUGCUGGACAUGUUGGAUAUAACAGGGGGAUAAUUGUAUUCAGGCUUUGCAAAGUCAAUAAAAGUAAUUACCCCAGCUGAAGCUUCUCUCCUUGGAAACCCCUCCCGUGACACUCCAUAUUCGUACAAUGUGCACAACUCAUCCUUAACGUGUCAUUGCAUCCUAGGGUAUUCC